UUUGCUGUUCAAAACGUGUGCCGGGUCGUUUUCUUUCGGGUUUGGGUUUCACUUACCCGACUGUGACUUUUUCGGAAUUUGAUCUCAGCCGUCCAGAUUGAUUAAAAUUUCCGCGCCAAACAAGCGCAAGGGAGAUCGACGGUGUGAUCAUGUGGCAGGCAACAACGAAUAAGGCAAAUUGCCGUGGAUAAUGGAUGAGCAAAUGGGCUUAUGAUUGGUAGGUAAAUUGGUUGGGUUCAGAGGUCCAUUACUGAUGGAAUUUUAAUGCCCACAAGGUGUUUGAAAAAUUGCCUGAGUGAGUGUAAUACAGGAAAGUCAUAUCAAUCUCAUUACUUGGAAAUCCCUUACGGUCCCGGUGGAGCUGGGAUUCUGGAGCUUGAGGUCCGGGUGUGAUUUCCCUUUUCGUGUGGGUGUUAAUAAUGUUUGCUUCAACUUCUGUAAGAGCCGCUUCUCGCUCUUCUCCGAGUGCCAUCAAAAGGGGCUCUUUUGUCUGGUUCAGUUGUCUAGCACAAAAUAUUUUCAAUCUCUCUUUGCCAACCAUAGCACGUUUUAGACAGUCUCUUUAUUGCAAUAUGUGUAUGCAAAGGCAAAGAUACAGUGUAUUGACGUCUUUCUUAGAAGUUCCAUAUGUAUCCUCCUCAUUCGAUUCUUCAUUGGUGCGGAGAUCAAAUAUUUUUGACUGUCAAAGUGUUCUUAGAAACUGUCCGCCUGCUAGAUGCAUGAGUAGUACAUCAAUUGAGCUGAAGACAAAAAAUGAUGUUGUGAGGUUUUCAUUUGGUAAGCCACUUGAUAAAACUGGUUCCUCAACCAAAGGGAAGAAGAUGGCCAAACGAGCUGAAGUGUCCAAGAAGGCCAAACUGAAUGAACUGCGAUUUUACCGUCUGAAGGCCAAGAAGAAGAUGAAUUCUCCAAAUCCAGAAGUUAGAAUUAGAUACAAACUUGAAAAGGCAAAACGAAAGGAAGCAUGGUUGAUUGAGAAGUUGAUGAAAUUUGAGGUUGCCAAAGCCCCUGCUGAUAUACAUGAUCCUGAAAUUUUAACUGAAGAAGAAAAACAUUAUCUUAAGAGAACUGGUGAGAAAAAGAAGAAUUAUGUCCCAGUAGGAAGGCGGGGAGUAUUUGGAGGUGUGGUUCUAAAUAUGCAUUUGCAUUGGAAGAAGCAUGAGACAGUAAAGGUGAUUUGCAAGCCUUGUAAGCCAGGACAGGUUCAGGAAUAUGCUCAAGAGCUUGCUAGACUGAGUAAAGGCAUUGUGAUUGACAUAAAACCCAAUAAUACUGUAAUUUUCUACCGGGGAAAGAACUAUGUUCAGCCGAAAGUAAUGUCACCUGCGGAUACACUAUCUAAAAAUAAGGCCCUGGAAAAAUAUAAGUAUGAGCAGUCCCUUGAACAUACAAGUCAGUUCAUUGAAAAACUGGGGAAAGAACUGGAAGAGUAUCACAAGCACCUUGCUCGGUUUAAGAAAGUAAAUGAGAAUGCAACACAAGUCUUUGAUCAACACAUGAAUGAUAAGGUAUUUUUCUUCUGACCCUUAUGCCACCAGAUCAUUGGUCAACGUUGGAUUUGAUGCUUGGUCUUUAGUUUUAUUUUUUCAUUUUAUAAAAGAAAAUACAAUACAAAGCGACCUUGAAAGCCAAAGGUUUGCUGGCGAGAGCAUUAUACUUUUUACUGCUUCCGAAGCUUGGGUGUGAGCGAGCGAACCCUUAUACAUAACCAUACUUCCACCAUACAACACCCCUCAGGCUUUUUCCUACACCAUAAUCCCCACUAAUCAGUGACCAAAUACCUAGACAAGAUCUCUUUGAAGCUUCUCAAGACGCUUAAGUCACAAAAAUUGUGAUCUUAAACAAAGACGUAAACAUGUAUGUAGCCUGGGUAUUCAGAAGUUUCACUUUCUCUCCUUUUGACAGCUUGCCAGUUAACCCUUCUUCCAAACCCCAAGUCUCCUCUGCAGUCGCACAAAAUUUGGCUAGGGACAGUGAUUGGCAAAAGCUCCAAAAUCUGAGUAUCUGAAGGGCUAUCAAAACGACACACAAAAUCUGAUAUUGUGCCUUGCAUGUGUUCUUUGGUCUCUCUCUCUCUCUCUCUCUCUCUCUCUCUCUCUCUCUCUCCACCAAAUAAGUAUAGUGUUGGAAGACUAAAUUGAUAUGAUUUGUAAGUUGCAAUACCAAUUCAAUUAUUUCGAACCGUAUGUGAGCACAUUACUUCUAAGUCCUAACCUAUGCUUCAAGUCUUUAAGAUGCAAAGUUUGGAUGUCUUUGAAUUCUCCUUCUCAAUAGUUGAUACUUUCAGGAAGUGGCCUAGUUUAAUAAUAAAAAAGUCUCAAAUGAGCCAACUA